AUGGUAGAAUCUUCCAUCUUGUUCAACGAUCCUUUUAAAUUACUCAUCAACGACCACGACAAGGUUUGUCAAUUGUUUAACACUUUCAAAAGUGUUCUCUCCCAACAAGAGAAAAUUCGAAUCAUUGAACAAUUCAUCACAGAAAUAUGCAUUCAUUCCUCCAUUGAAGAACGUUAUGUCUAUCCUCUCAUUACCUCAAAAAUUCGUGACAGUGGUGCUAAAAUGAUUAGUGACAGGAACUAUUUAGAUCAUCAACAAGCCAAAGAAGUUCUUCAAUAUUUCAUCGAUCACAUGCACACUACUCUCAACAUGAACGCCAAUGAACAAUUACUCUUCAAUAAGACAGUUGAAAAAUUCACAAUGGAUCUCUUGGAUCACAUGUCGGAAGAAGAACAAUUUCUAUUUCCAAAACUUUCCACUCUAUUGACUCAACAAGAAAUGAGUGAAUUGUAUUCUGAUUUGGUGAGAGGUAAAGAAAAUGCUCCAACUUUACCUCAUCCAAAAACUCCAAUGAAAACUGGAACUAAAUUAUUACAUCCCAUAACUGGAGCGAUGGAUAAACUCAUGCAUAUUCAUGGAGAGACAAAAAGUGCAAGUAUGGAAGGACCAAGUGAAUCGGUUCAUGUCACUCCAACUCAUCAAUCAGGAAGUUGUAAAUAA